GACAGACACAGUGGGGAAGGAGAAAGAUUGAUAGAUGACUAUGUAUCUGAGACGAGCAAUUACGCUUAGGAGUUCGAUGCAGCUUCUUAGAAGCUCAACAAUCCAAUCUCGCAACGUUUCACACAUUAUCUCCAAUCAAAAUCUCGAAGCAUGUAAUACCCAGAAAGCCGCAGCUUCUCCUGCCUUUGAUUUCCUCAGAGAUUCCCGUCUCGAAGCAUGUAAUACCCAGAAAGCCGCAGCUUUUCCUGCCUUUGAUUUCCUCAGAGAUUCCCGUCGAGGCUUUGCCAAGGGGAAAACAUCAAAGGAUGACUCUGGUACUGGUAGGAGGAAACUUGGAGUUUUCCUGGGUGAGAGAAAACCUGAAUUUUUCUUGGAUACAAGAAGUAUCGCGAAGUGCUUGUAUGUUAUGCGUAUGGAAGAAGCUAGAGUUGCAUUAUCGCGAGAAUUGAAGAACCUGAGAACAGGAAGAGCAUCUUCAGGAAUGCUUGACCACAUUAUAGUAGAAUUUGAGGAUAGGAAGAACAAAUUGAAUCAAUUAGCUGAUGUUUCAGUGAUAGAUUCGAAAACCUUAUCAAUUGAUCCUUUUUAUCCAGAGCCAGAGAAAAUAAAAGCUAUAGAGAAAGCAAUUGUUUCAUCCUCGUUGGGUUUAAAUCCUAAGGUGGAUGGUGAUCGAUUAAUUGCAGCUAUUCAACUAUUCACUAAAGAGGAUGUGGAGGCUACGCGUAAGGAGCUUUCAAAGUGUUGCAAAGAUGCUAAACAAAUUCUUAGAAGGGUUCGACGGACGGUAUUUAAGUAACAAAUUGUAGUUUUUAAGUGGAAAUCCUAUGGCAAAUGCUGUAUUUAAUGAUUACUUGCUCUCUCUCUAUACAUUAACAUUAUAUCAUCAACACAAAUGUAAAACCAGUAUUGUGGCCAAAUUGGUACUUGAGCAUCUCGCAUCUGGUCAACAUAGAAUGAUUUGUAAACAUUAAAAAAUAUUGUGUUUACUUAGAAGGCUUGUAAUUCAUGUUCCAAUUCAUUGCCAGAAUAUCGGAUAUCCCAAUUUUUUUUGUCUAAAUAGACUUGUUGUUUGCAGGUAUUGGACAACAUGAAGAAAGGCAUGUCGAGGUGGGGUGAUGCAGAGCUAGUACGGAAAGAAAUUGACGAGAGAUUUAAGGAGGAUGUCACGUGGGUGGAGGAUACGUGCAAGGCAAAGGGGAAAGACAUCACCCAAGCCUGGGCGGAGGAUAGGUGCAAGGCAAAGAAGAAAGAGAUCAUCCAAGGCUGAGUAGCACCGUUCCUGCAUGCAGUCUGACACCUUGGUCCUGAUCGAAAAGUCUAGGGCUGCAAGUUGGUCCUGGAUUAUCCAUGAGCAAACCUGAUCCAAUCCAAUCCGUUGGAUUG